AUGGCUGCUGUUCUUGAAUCCGUGGACUACGAAACGCUUCUCGCCGUGCGUGACUUCUUUACCCUGGAGUAUUGGCGCCUCCGAGGAGACCUAAUACUUACCUAUGCCACGUUUGAACGAGGUUUGGUCAAUAAGUUUUUCACUGUUGACCCAACUAGCUCUAGGCAGGGACGUAGUACGAUUUUCACUCUCAGAGCGCAUAGCUUCAUUGGGCAACAAAUUUUUCUUUUUCCGGGUAUUCUCGCGCUGGCAAGAUUACUGCCUUGCGCUGAGAACUUAAGGAUCCAUGCUACAGCGCGCUUGUACCUUUCAGGUGAACGGAAGCCGCUGGACGACAUGAACAACCUCGACCCAGGAAGUUUGGGUGAAAGCCUCGAUCCUGUGUAUCAGUCUGUGAAUUGCAUCGAACGGUCCCUUUGCGGCAUGCCUCGAUCGGUGAGUAAGCGCCGGUAUGAGCGUGCCUUACGUUCAGCUAAAGCCAAGGCUAGGUCGGAACUAAAUAGUUCACCUUCUCAAUGGUGGCAUUAUGGUUUUGACAAAACUUUCGACCUAUCACCACACUGCUUCCAAGAUUCAUGCCCUAGGCUAGAUGCAACUGAAACCUCCCUUGAGCAGUUUCGAGAUGAGUUCGAAAAGCCGAGCAAACCGGUGGUAAUAGUCAACGACCAGCUGGACUGGCCCGCCACAAAAAAGUGGACACUCGAGCGAUUAGCCAAAAAGUACAGGAAUCAGCGUUUUAAAUGCGGAGAAGAUGAUUCCGGCAACUCGGUGAAAAUUAAGAUGAAGUAUUUUGUGCAGUACAUGCAUGAUAAUCAGGAUGACAGCCCUCUAUAUAUAUUUGAUGCGAAUUACGGUGAGCACCCGAAACGGAGAAAACUUUUGGACGAUUACGUCAUUAGCAAGUUCUUCCCGGAGGACCUCUUCACUUACGGAAGUCACAGACGUGGUUCGUCAUGGGACCGGCCCGUUCAGGUACUGGUAUCCACAUCGAUCCUCUCGGUACUAGUGCAUGGAAUGCCUUGGUUCGGGGCUAUAAACGGGGUGAGAUGGCCCAAGUGGUUGGAGCGCGAAUUUACUGACCUGAAGGUCCGUGGUUCGAACCCGACCUCUGCCUCUCGACUUCCCCUAUCUAGGCUUGGGGAACCUGGCAGUAUCCCAGCCCUCGUACCUCCUGUCAAACUGACUGCGGACUGGUGUUUGUUUCCCCCACAAACACCGAAAGAUUUAGUCAAGCCACGUCCGAACGAGGGUGGAUUGAACAAAAACGAGGCUAUCGCAUGGUUCGCCUACGUUUAUCCCCGUACAAGACUACCCGACUGGCCCCAACCUUACGAACCUAUCGAGCUACUCCAACGUCCAGGGGAAACAGUGUUCAUUCCCGGUGGUUGGUGGCAUGUUGUUCUCAACCUGACCGACACAAUUGCCGUCACGCAGAACUUUUGCAGCUGGUGUUUGUUUCCCCCACAAACACCGAAAGAUUUAGUCAAGCCACGUCCGAACGAGGGUGGAUUGAACAAAAACGAGGCUAUCGCAUGGUUCGCCUACGUUUAUCCCCGUACAAGACUACCCGACUGGCCCCAACCUUACGAACCUAUCGAGCUACUCCAACGUCCAGGGGAAACAGUGUUCAUUCCCGGUGGUUGGUGGCAUGUUGUUCUCAACCUGACCGACACAAUUGCCGUCACGCAGAACUUUUGCAGCUCCGUCAACUUUCCCACUGUAUGGCAUAAGACUGUGCGAGCACGACCGCGGUUCUCAAAGAGUUGGCUUGCAGGACUUCGUGUUCAUCAGCCGCACCUUGCAGAUAUGACCGAAAAAAUAGACGUUUCUUGUCCUCUAGACAAUGUACCUUCCUCAUCCUCUUCCUCCUCGUCGUCGUCGUCUUCAUCGUCCACUUGCUCUUCUUGUUCCAAAUGCUCCGCGUCACCUCCACGUCGAUCGCUGGCUAAGAUCUCGGAACAUCCCAAACUGAGGCCAAGAACAGUUUUGAAUCAUAUACUGGCCUCACUGGAAUGGAACAUCAGUGCAACAAGCUGUUUUUCCGUUAAUGUCCACGAAAGCAAAAAAAAGCCGAAAGCCAAACAUGGAGAUCACAUCCCGGAUGUCAUGAAUCCCAAUGUCAUCUACAUUCUGAACGUGCAAGAUAUGACGGUCGUCCCAGAACUAAAUGCUGGUACGCUUUCAAAGGUACUCAGGUUCCUCAACAAACAGCGCUCACCUUAUGUAAGUUAUCCUUUAUUCGAUGCACCGUAUCAGUUGCGUCACGUUGAGCUUCGUCCAACUGCUGCACAUGAUCCUGUAGUCUAG